AUGCAGGAAGACGUAAAACACCUUUUGUGUGGGGUCGUUGACGGCAGUUGCGUGGACCCCACAAUGAACCCACUGAUAACCGGAGCCCCUCUUGCGGUGUCUGCCCUUGCGCAGCAGUGCUUGUAUACCUGUUACGCUGUCUCUUCUAAUCAUGCAGUGAUUGGCGAUAAGUCGUCGAAUUUUUGGCGUGUGUUGCGUUAUGUCGAGCGUGUUCGUGAUAAAUAUGUCGAAUCCGAGACGUUACCACCACCGCCUCCUUUGAGACUACGCAACAGCUGCACAUAUGAAACAACAGGUGGGGACAACUCCGCGGCAGCGGGGGCAUGCGGAAGCGAGAUUGGUGGGAUUGGUGGUGUUGUGUUCAAGGUGGCUCCAUCAUGCAGCGACUUAGAGACUAGUGAUCAAUCUUUUCAUUAUUCACCUUUAGCCCCCUUUAAACAAGGGAGGGUUCGGAAACAGCUUCUACCGCCAUUAGAGUUUCGGGUUGUGGUUGUUGGAGGAGGAAGGGUUGGACGCGCAAUUGUUGAAUUGCUCCUUAGGGUGCGUGAGCUGGUUCACCCAUCGCGUGUCACAAUUGUCACGCAACGACCCGAAGCUGUCGCAUGCUUCGCCGCGCAAGGAGUGCAGUGUGUUGCUAAGGAUGCAGGAAGACAGGCACUAAUGCAGUGUCAUGUUCUCAUUAUUGCGUGCCAGCAGAGUCAGUUUCAUGAUUUUGCAAAAAUUUAUUGUCCUCGCUGUAGUCUAACCCCAGCUGCCGUGGGAUUAGUGGAUAAUGAAGCUGCAGGUGGUAGCAGGACUGAUGAGGUGGAUGAGGUCGGGGGUGCCGUGAAGGAUCGGCGACGCCCCAGGAAGCGGACGCUGCGAGACGUUGUAGAAAAGUGGCGAACCAUGGAAACUAGCGAGCGCGGUAGUAGCCGCAAAAAUGUGAAAGAUAGUCCAGGCGAAUCUUCUCGGAAGGAUGAACCCCUGACACGGUUGUUGAGGCCCGAUGCAAUUGUUUUUUCCUGCUGUGUGGCGCUUCCUGCUCACAAGAUUGCAUCUGAUUUGGGUCAUCUGUAUCCACUGGUUGUGCGCGCAAGGAUUAACCUUAAGUCCGUUCGUGGUUUGGCCCAGGACAUACAGACUGUGAAGGCAGUGCUUCACGACGAUUACGUCAAGCGACUUCAGUCAGAGGGAAACACGUUUCUUACGAGGUUAACACUCAUUCAGCAGUCUGCCAAAGGUGGGGGCAAACAGGCGGAACUCUUGCGACUGGUGAAAGCUGCUCACGAAAGGCACGGUGACUUAACUUCGUCCAACUUAAGUGGUGGUAUGGGUAAUACCUUGGAGUCAUUGCCGUGUCUGGGUUUGGGUGAUAGUUUUGCAAGGAUGGAUUCAACUAACCCGCUGCAGUCACGCCAGAGCAAAGGAGGCGGGGUGCUGGAUUUAAAGAACAUGUUGCCGACAACUAAUAAUGAAAACCCGAUGUUUGUUGUGCAUAUGUGGCGUGCUCUUCGUUCUCUUUCUGUUGUGCAAGCCCUUAAUUUCACGCGAACAGAUCAGCGGUCGUUUAUCUACCUGGGUAGCAUGGGGCCACUACUGGCCUGCACUCUAGUUGCUCUCCCAACGAACACUCAACGCGCCAUUGUUUCAGGCAUUGAAACAUAUCUGGAUGAUUCCUUUCGCUACUACCAGAAUAGGGUGGCAACUGAUGGUGUCAACGACGACGACAUUGCGCCGUUCAUUCUACUGAGAGUGAACCAGCGGCACGUGCCGGCCUUUGAUAGUGAUGACGAUGAGGAUGAAGGCUGUGGAUCCAGCUCACCAACAGAGGAAACACUAACCCCAGCGCAACCUUUUCUGGAACGGGAGCUCCGACGUCUUGUCGCGCGCUUCCCCACAGUUUUCAAAAGCACGAAAAUUGUAUUACAGCAGCUUCUGUCCGUAUAUAAGAUGGUAGCAUGCUCGGCAAAUUCACCGUAG